GGACACGGGUGACGUAACUUUCCCCGAUGUCUUUCGCCCACCUUCGCUCCUCCAUCACUCCGUGCCCUCCUCCCCGCUUCCUUCCCACCGCCAGAGGAGAGGGAGCCCCACACAGAGCUAGCCGGGCUCAGGCAACCCACUGGGAAAGGCUAAGCUUUGUGAACGAGGCCGGGAGAGGUGCGAGUAGGGCAGCGCCAAGCCAGACCGCCUGCGGCUCACCUCUGCCGAGCUGCUCCGGGGCUCGCAGCUAGGGUCAGGCGCCCUCCCCGUCCACCCGCCCCUCCAGUCGCUCACCCCGGUGCGUGGCUCCAGAGCACAAGGAGGCUGAGCUGGCGGCUGGGGCAUGCGCCGUGGCGCCCACUGGGGUAGGCAGAAGGAGGGGAGGGGGGAGGUAGGACCACAUCACUCGGGUUGUCUUUCCAGCCCCGAGCUGCCAGUUUCUGGUUGCCAAGCAGUUAUCAUUGUUUCUGUGGCGAUUGCAGAGGCUGUUGCUAAUAGGAGAAGCCCCACUAAGCAGCAGCAUCUUCCCUUCUCUCUGCACUUUGCGUUUUAAAGCAAGAGACCUAGGCUCGCCUCCCCACCCCCACCCCACCCCCCCUCUUUUGAGUGAAGAAAAAUUGCUCUGGGAUUUAUUUCAUGAAGUGAUGGACUGAAUAACUCCUCAUUCCCUCUUUGGACUUUGGUGCUACCAAACUCAUCGUUAAUUGCUACCUGCCCCUCUGGUAGUGAGCACCCUGGAAAGGAGAGCAUGACUACGGCCAAGGAACAAAAUGCACCAGGCAAAUCAGUGCAACAACAGGAGCAGGAGUUGGUGGGAAGUAAUCCUCCACAAAGGAACUGGAAAGGAAUAGCGAUUGCUUUGCUUGUUAUUCUGGUGAUCUGCUCCCUGAUUGUCACCUCUGUUAUUCUUCUCACACCAGCUGAAGAUAACAGCCUUUCCCAAAAGAGAAAGGUAACGGUUGAAGAUCUAUUCAGUCCUGACUUCAAAAUUCAUGAUCCAGAGGCUAAAUGGAUAAGUGAUAAAGCAUUCAUCUACAGAGACCAGAAAGGAACUGUUAUGUUACAGAAUGUUGAGACAAAUAAUUCUACUGUAUUAAUAGAAAGCAAAAAAAUUGAAUCAUUAAAAGCUGUCCGAUAUGAGGUGUCUCCAGAUCAGGAGUAUGCCCUCUUUUCCUAUAAUGUGGAACCGAUUUAUCAGCACUCAUAUACUGGAUAUUAUUUCCUGAGCAAACUUCCUUUUGGAGAUCCUCAAAGCUUGGAUCCUCCAGAAGUCAGCAAUGCAAAACUCCAGUAUGCAGGGUGGGGCCCUAAAGGUCAACAGUUGAUAUUUAUCUUUGAAAAUAACAUCUACUACUGUGCACACGUGGGGAAACAAGCAAUCCGGGUGGUUUCUACAGGGAAAGAAGGUGUCAUUUACAAUGGUCUCAGUGACUGGCUAUAUGAAGAGGAGAUUUUAAAGACUCACAUUGCUCACUGGUGGUCUCCAGACGGGACUAGGUUAGCCUAUGCCACAAUCAAUGAUUCCCGAGUGCCCAUCAUGGAACUGCCCACCUACACUGGCGCUAUCUACCCCACUGUUAAACCUUAUCAUUAUCCCAAGGCUGGGUGUGAAAAUCCAAGCAUUUCCUUACAUGUCAUCGGUUUAAAUGGGCCUACUCAUGAUUUGGAAAUGACACCACCAGAUGAUCCAAGAAUGAGGGAUUACUAUAUAACCAUGGUGAAGUGGGCAACAAGUACCAAAGUAGCAGUGAACUGGCUGAACCGAGCCCAGAAUGUAUCCAUCCUCACACUCUGUGAUGCUACUACUGGGGUUUGCACAAAGAAACAUGAGGAUGAAAGCGAAGCUUGGCUGCACAGACAGAAUGAAGAGCCCAUCUUCUCCAAAGAUGGCCGAAAGUUUUUCUUUGUCAGAGCCAUUCCCCAGGGAGGACGAGGGAAAUUCUACCAUAUUGGCAUGGCAUCUUCCCAGCCCAAUAGCAGCAAUGACAACCUCCAGUCCAUCACCUCGGGGGACUGGGAUGUGACCAAGAUUCUGGCCUAUGAUGAGAAGAGAAACAAAAUUUAUUUCCUCAGCACAGAGGAUGGACCUAAAAGAAGACACCUAUACAGUGCUGACACUGAAGGCACCUACAAUAGACAGUGCCUCUCCUGUGAUUUGAUCGAGAAUUGUACUUACUUCAGUGCAUCCUUCAGUCACAACAUGGACUAUUUCUUGUUGAAGUGUGAAGGUCCCAGAGUACCCAUGGUGACCGUUCACAAUACAACUGACAAAAAAAAAAUCUUCGAGCUGGAAGUAAAUGCCCAUGUACAGAAGACUAUUAGUGACCGGCAGAUGCCUAAAAUUGAAUACAGAAGUAUCGAGAUCGAAGAUUACAUAUUGCCAAUGCAGAUCUUAAAGCCGGCCACCUUCACGGAUACCACCCACUAUCCUCUGCUCCUGGUAGUGGAUGGCACUCCAGGAAGCCAGAGUGUGACUGAAAAGUUUGAAGUCAACUGGGAAACUGUGAUGGUCAGCAGUCACGGUGCCAUCGUGGUGAAGUUUGACGGUCGUGGUAGCGGAUUCCAAGGAACCAAGCUCCUCCAUGAAGUGAAGAGAAAACUGGGCUCCCUGGAAGAGAAAGACCAGUUGAAGGCUGUGGGGGCAAUGUUGAAGGAAUCCUAUAUUGACAAGACACGUGUUGCUGUGUUUGGAAAGGAUUAUGGUGGGUACCUGAGUAUUUAUAUUCUUCCAACAAAAGUGGAAAAUCAAGGUCAAAGUCAAGGUCCAGUCUUCACCUGCGGUUCUGCUCUCUCCCCUAUAACAGACUUCAAAUACUAUGCUUCUGCAUUUUCUGAAAGAUAUUUGGGCCUCCUUGGAAUUGACAACAGAGCAUAUGAGAUGACUAGAUUAGCCCAUCGGGUGUCAUCCCUGGAAGAACAGCAGUUCUUGAUCAUCCACGCAACUGCUGAUGAAAAAAUCCAUUUCCAGCAUACAGCAGAGCUCAUUGCACAUCUAAUUAGAGGAAAGGCUAAUUACAGCUUGCAGAUCUACCCAGAUGAGAGCCAUUACUUCCACAGCUCCUCCCUGGAGCAGCACCUGUACCAAUCCAUCAUCAACUUCUUUGUGGAGUGUUUCAGGAUUCAGGACAAACUGCCCACAGUCACAAUGAAAGAGGAAGAGGAGGAGGACUAAAUGUGCAUCCCCAUCAAGCACAAAAAUGGUUCUUUCUAUCUAACAAUAUGCAACUGAAAAGUGUUCUCUCCCCACCCCUCCCCUUGCCAUUCCCCCAGGGGAGGAGCUGGGGAAAGAAAUGUAUGUUAGCAUGUGUGUCACAGAAGUGAAGGCGGUCUUCCUGCUCUGUCUCAGCAGCAAGCUCCUUCCCAGGAAGAGGGACAUCACGCAUGACGGGUCCAACCGAGACUACUGUCUGCAAGGAAUAUACCUUCAAGGCAUCACCUUCUCUUGGCCACAGAGUGACUGCUGGAUUAAGUGCCCCUCCCAUCCCCUCUACCACAAGGAUCAAUGGUAGUAAAGGCCCGCCUUGAGGACAUAGAGAUCACUGGCCAGAUCACUGGCCCUUUAAACCCAAGCUAUCCAACAGUAGCAUUGAAGCCCACCUCCUGCAUUAGAGCGCCAUUGUCAGCAGCAUCACAUUGUGUCCGAUAAAACUGUCAUGGAAAUUUAAAAAAAAAACCAACAAAGAUUAUAGCACAAUUAUUUUAAGGGUAUUUUAAAGAUUCGUAUACUUGCUUGCUCCUUCCCAUCAUUAGAAGAUUCAGUGUUACUACCAGGCUGCUUUGAAGAAGACAGACUCUGGACUGUAAAAAGUAUAGUUAUGCUAAUGUUUAACCUUAUGUAAUUAAUUAGUAUUUUUAUAUAGUUUUUAUCUGCAGCUCUGUUGUCAUGGAGUUCCUUGGCUUUGCUUUGCUUCUUCCCUGUCCAUCUGAAGGCUUUCCCCUUGUUUGGAUAAGGAAACACCUAAACUAACUACUUUGUCUUUAAGGUCAUGAGUCAGACACAUUGUGAAGCCAUUUCAGAAAACUGAGGGAUGGAAGGCACCCCAAGCAUGUUCAUUUGCAAGAGGCUGCUUUCCCCCAGAGCUUGAUUUGGGUUUGGGUUUAGAUUUGCCACUGUCCAUCUCCAUUCCAUUCCAGAAACUAAAACUGUCAAGUCCCAUUUCUCCCUAAGUGGUCUCGUCUGUCAGUAUCACAUUUGGUAAAAAUGACAGGGCUUUGAUUCCAUCCUCUCCAGUCUUAUUAAGUAUGCUCAAGUCACAGUAACCCUUGUAGAAGAAAAACCUGAAGAGAAAAAAGAUCUAUGUGUAUAAGAACAUGUCAGAAUUGGACUUCAUUUCCUGGGAAUUGUUCCAUUGCCCUCCCCUUUGAGUGGUAAGGUUGAUGUUGCUUUCUACGUUAGCCUUGUAAGAUAUACUCUGACCAAAUGUACAGCCAAUAUUCAUAGUGUAUAUUUCAUUUUGUUGUAUAUAAAGGAAUGUAUGUCAGUCAUUCGUGGAGUCUCCCUGCCCUACUCCCUCAGCCCCCUGGCGAUAUUAAUCUUGUGUUCAGCGUGCAUGCUAACACUCUUUGGCUGAUCUGAACUCUUUAGAAAUGCUAGUUGGAAAUAUAUCAAUUACUGUCAUUUCCUUUCUCACGUGUUGACAGCCUGAAUGUCAGUACCAAUUUCUUCGGCUUGCAGUUGUCCUGUGGGUGACCUCGGCAUCUGACAGCAGUGAAGACAUAUCCGUGAUGCUUUUCAGUGGUUGGGGAUUUCGGUUUCACCUUUAAGCUUUGCCUGUCAGUUGUAGUUAGGUCAACUUGGAAGACCUUCAUGGGAUUUUCUGUUUGUUUUUUGUUUUGGUUUUUGUUUUCUAAACAAAGGAAGGUGACACACACCACCAUUUUUGCGAAGAGAUCAACCCACUGACAAACAGGACCAAUCAGAAUGCUAUGUGUUCAUGCUUUUGCUACUCCAAUGGGCUUGACUGUCAGCAAAGCGAACCUGAUCUGGAAGGGGAACCCGGCUCUGGCCAUGAGAUGUGGUAGGAGGGAAGUGAGGACGUGGCAUGGUAGCGUUUGUUCAUCCAUGGAAUAAAACAUUAUUUUACCACUCGGA